GGAUGCGCUCUUCCUAGGCGGCUCCUCUUUGGGCUCCGGGAUGUCUCUGGACGCUUUAAGCCGCUCGCGAGGGGGGACGUUUAUCCGGCCGGACGCACCCGCCGAGCCGCUGCUUGAUGGAGACGUCAGCAAGGAAGACACGAGGAUCCUCAAAGUGUGUUUCCAUAGCAACAGCUCCAAUCUUGUGAAGAACUUCAAACUGGUGAAGUGCAGCAUCCAUACCGAGAUCCGGGAAAUCAUCAGCUCCAUCCUUCUGAGCGGGAGGAUCGGUCCGGAUAUCCAGCACGUGGAGUGUUACGGACUGCGCCUGAAGCACCUGAAAUCCGAUGAGAUUCACUGGCUGCAUCCCGACCUGACCGUCGGAGAAGUCCAGGAAAAGUACGAGUGCCUGCACUUGGAGGCAGAAUGGAGGUACGACCUCCGGAUCCGCUAUCUGCCGGAUGACUAUACUGAAUCCUUCAAGAAAGACAAAACCACGCUGCUGUAUUUUUAUCAGCAGCUCAGGAAUGAUUACAUGCAGCAGUACGCCACGAAAGUCAGCGAAGGGAUGGCGUUACAGCUGGGCUGCCUCGAGCUCCGGAGGUUUUAUAAAGACAUGCCUCACAAUGCCCUGGAGAAGAGAUCCAACUUUGAUUUCCUCGAGAAGGAGGUAGGACUGGAUUUGUUCUUCCCGAAACAGAUGCAGGAAAGUCUGAAGCCCAAGCAGUUCCGUAAGAUGAUCCAGCAGACGUUCCAGCAGUACGGCUCCCUGCGCGAGGACGAGUGCAUCAUGAGGUUCCUGAGCACGCUGUCCAGCUUCACCUCCAUCGACCAGGAAACCUACAGAUGCGAGCUGGCGCAAGGAUGGAGCAUCACCGUAGAUCUGGUCAUUGGUCCUAAAGGGAUCCGGCAGCUUACCAGCAAAGAUGGCAAGCCCACGUGUUUCGCUGAAUUCAAACAGAUCAAAUCGAUAAAAUGCUCGUCCCUGGACGACGGUCGGGCGCUGCUGCUGCUGGGGGUGUCUGGGGCUCCUCAGCCAUUAGCCAUCAAAACAUCGUCUCUGGCCAUCGCCGAAAACAUGGCGGACCUCAUCGACGGUUACUGCCGGCUGAAGAACGAAUCAGAAGAGUCCCUCAUUGUCCACCCCAGGAAAGAAAAUGAGAAGAGAAACAGUUUGCCCCAAAUCCCAACCACGGAGGUCCCAGAGCGGCGAUCGCGACUCGGCCCCGGGAGCAGUUUCGAUUCUGAAGUUUAUGCUGAAAUACCAGAGGAUUCUGAUUCGAGAACUGCAGUUACCCGGUACGCGAUCAGCCGGGAUGAUGUUCUCCUCGGCAGGAUUCUUGGAGAAGGCUUCUUUGGAGAGGUCUACGAUGGAGUCUACAAGAACCAGAAAGGAGUAAGAGUCAACGUUGCCGUGAAGACGUGUAAGAAGGAUUGUGCUCCGGAUGUCAAAGAAAAGUUCAUGAGUGAAGCGUACCUAAUGAGGAACCUGGACCAUCCGCACAUCGUCAAGCUUAUCGGAAUCAUCGAAGAGGACCCCAUUUGGAUCGUGAUGGAGCUCUACGCGUACGGAGAGCUCGGCCAAUACUUGGAACAGAAUAAGAGCACCAUCCAGGUCCUGACCCUGAUCCUCUACUCGCUGCAGAUCUGUAAAGCAUUGGCCUACCUGGAGGGUAUUAAUUGUGUUCACAGGGACAUCGCGGUGAGAAAUAUUUUGGUUGCAGCACCUGAAUGCGUGAAGUUGGGGGACUUUGGGCUCUCCAGGUACUUGGAAGAGGAAGAGUAUUACAAAGCUUCAGUGACUCGGCUCCCAAUCAAGUGGAUGGCCCCGGAGUCAAUCAACUUCCGACGUUUCACGUCAGCCAGCGACGUCUGGAUGUUUGGGGUUUGUAUGUGGGAGAUCGUUUCCUUUGGGAAGCAGCCAUUUUUUUGGUUGGAGAAUAAAGACGUGAUCAGCGUCAUAGAAAAAGGAGAUCGCCUUCCAAAGCCGGAAAUAUGUCCCCCGACCCUGUACACUUUCAUGACCCGCUGCUGGACUUACGACCCCACCGAGAGGCCAAAAUUCACCGAGCUCGUCUGUAGUUUGAGUGAUAUUUAUCAGACAGAAAAAGAAAUCGCAAAAGAGAAAGAGAGGAAUAACAGACAGCGGCCUCCGAAAAUCAUUGAACCUCCCCAAAUGCAAGAACCUCCCCCGAAGCCGAGCCGUCCGAAAUACAAGGCUUCGGCCCCGGGAAAUUUGCUGGCUCCGAAGUUGCAGUUUCAGGUGCCCGAGAGCCUGUGUGCCAGCUCCCCCACUCUCUGUAGCCCCACUGAGUACCAGUCUCCAAUAGACUCCACGCGGAGUCCUCCGCUCCUGCGCCAUACCGUCUUCAAACGCCGCAGUAUGAGGGAAGAGGACUUUCUGAAGCCCAACAGCAAAGAAGAAGCCCAGAAGAUCUGGGAGAAGGAGCGGGCCAAAAUGAUGCAGGUCCUAAACCGUCAGCAGCAGCAGAUGGUGGAGGACAACAGGUGGUUAAAGCAGGAGGAACGGACUCUGGUGAACAACCUUAAGGAUCUUAAACAGAAAACUGUAGACCAACCGCCUCCGGAGCCUCUUCCUGAAAAAGAAGUCGCAUACACUGAAUUCACUGUCGCCCCACAAAAGCCCCCCAGAAUGGGAGCGCAGGCCAUGCAGCAGACUCCUACGGCUAAUUUAGACCGCACAGACGACCAGGUCUACCAGAGCGUGAUGGAACUGGUGAAGUCCGUGCUUCAUCUCAAAAAUGAGAUCUACCAGCUGCCGCCCGAGGCAUACGUCAACGUCGUCAAGAAUGUUGGCCUAACACUGAAGAAGCUCAUUGCAAGUGUUGACGAGAUUCUUGCAUCUCUCCCUUUGUCGUCGCGCACAGAGAUCGAAGGAACACAAAAGCUGCUAAGCAAAGACUUGGCGGAGCUAAUUAAUAAGAUGAGGUUAGCCCAGCAAAACGCCGUGACGUCCCUGAGCGAGGAGUGCAAGAAACAGAUGCUGACGGCCUCGCACGCUUUGGCCGUUGAUGCCAAAAACCUGCUGGACGCGGUGGACCAGGCAAGGGUCAGGGCAAACCUGGCGAAAGUGGCCUCGGAGUAACACUUCCUGCGAAAGAAAGGAUCCAGCACAAGAAGAAGCUGUAUGUUUGUUCACCGCUGCCACCUUGUGUUUGUUAAUAGGUAUUGCAGGUGGAUGAUGGGAAAAAAAAACAAAAAAAGCUUAAGAAUAUUUUUUUAAUGUGUACGAAUUUUUUUGAGUCAUUGGGAAUGGCCAUUUCACAUAAAAAAAAGAAUCGAAAAAAUAAAUGCUGCUUUCUGCAAAUGAUAUUUAGAGAUAUCGGAUAUUGAUCGGUAAGAACUGAUAAUACUGUGAACUGCGGAGCCAAUACAGGUAUAUUUAUUUUGUUAGAUAAAUUCCAACAAUGCAUUUGUCAACAGCGGACAAUUCGCUUCCAAAGGAUACGUUUUAUUAUGGUUCUUAAAAAUGUAGUGGACUUCCUGUAUAUAUAUAAAUAUAAUUAGUUUUUUUUUACCUCUAUGACAGAUGAACCAGUUAAUUGAUUCAGUAAAUUUUAUGGCUAAAUGAACAUUUCUUUUUAGGUAAGGUACUUUUUAAAAAAAAAUUCAAACUGGAUGUAAAACUGCUUUUUUCUUGUGUAUGUGAAAGUAUUUGUGAACAAAUUGUAAAACAAAAAAAACAUGUUUUAUAGA